AACCCUUGUGAAGUUCGCAAUUCUAAUGCAUUUCCUUAGCAUAUCUACUUAAUUAAAGUAAAUUCCGGGACAAACAAGCUUUAUUGAGCGUGAGAGAGACAGCAAUGGAGGUCGAUAGGGAGGACGGACGCUCGCAGAACCAAUUGAGACCUCUCGCCUGUUCUCGCAACAUUCUCCAUCGUGCUCAUGGCUCUGCCAGUUGGUCUCAAGGAGAUACGAAAGUACUUGCUGCUGUUUAUGGGCCGAAAGCUGGAACUAAAAAGAAUGAGAACCCUGAGAAAGCUUGCAUUGAAGUUAUUUGGAAGCCAAAAACAGGACAAAUAGGGAAACCGGAAAAGGAAUAUGAGAUGAUAUUGAAGAGGACCCUAGAGAGUGUUUGUAUUUUGACAGUUAAUCCUAAUACUACAACGUCAAUUAUAGUCCAGGUUGUCAACGAUGAUGGUGCUCUUCUCCCGAGUGCCAUAAAUGCGGCAUGUAUGGCCCUUGUAGACGCAGGGAUUCCUAUGAAGCAUCUUGCUGUCGCAGUAUGUUGUUGUGUGGCCAAGAGUGGAUAUGUUAUAUUGGAUCCCACCAAGCUAGAAGAGCAGAAAAUGAAGGCUUUUGCAUAUUUAGUCUUCCCAAACUCUGUCCAUUCAGUCCUUCCUGAAGGAUCACUAAGAGUGGAAGGUGAACCUAUUGAAAAUGGGAUUAUUACAUCUGUCACUCAUGGUAUAAUGUCAGUGGAUGAUUAUUUUUACUGCUUAGAACGAGGGCGAGCUGCAAGUGUCAAAUUGUCUGAUUUUCUCAGGAGGAACUUGCAACAGCAGUCAACUGAUUCAUCCAAAGCUGGGUGACUUUAAUAGCAGUUUCGGUCCCAUAAUCUCAACCGAUGAGGAAUCCCCGGUUUGUUGAAUUUCGUUUUUUACCGGAUAUUAGCAUUAACCAUUGUUGUACUGAUUUCUAGUUCUCAUUUUCUCACUUUCACAACCUCUCCGACCAAAUUGUAUUAGAAAUUUGAUGUAAAGGAUAUGUAGUUUUAUGGCCCCUAUUGUUUUUAAGUUGUGAUCUUGUUAGUACCAUUGUUGAUUAAUGAAUGUGGUAUUCCCAAGAGAA